AUGGCGCUAGGCGUGUUGAUCCUGGCAGCCUUUCAUCCCCAUCUCACGGCCGCGAGAAUUGGCAGAAACAUCGACCUCGCCACCGACUACAAUCUCCUGUCGGGCACGUCGAUGGCGUGUCCGCAUAUCUCCAUGGCCGCGGCGCUCCUGAAAGCCUCGUACCCCGAUUGGAGCCCCGCAGCGAUACAGUCUGCGCUGGUGACCACAGCCAAUCCUCUGGACAACACGAACCGGCCCAUUAGGGAACAGGACGGCUCGGUCGCCUCGCCGUUGGGCAUCGGGUCGGGUCACGUUGACCCGAACCAAGCUCUGGAUCCAGGCCUUGUUUAUGAUGCUUCUGUGCAAGACCUAGUGAAUCUGGUAUGUUCCAUGAACUUUACUCGCAACCAGACUCUGACCAUCAUAAGGUCAAGCUACAACUGCUCAAAUCCAACGUCCGACCUCAAUUAUCCGUCUUUCGUGGCUCUGAUUCGGGCGGCCGAGAUCAGAAGGACGUUGACUCGGAGGUUCCGGAGAAGAGUGACGAAUGUAAGGAAUGGUGCGGCCACGUAUAAGUUUACGGUGGAAGUGCCGGUGAACACCACAGCCGUAGUGGAGCCUCAAACUUUGGUGUUUCGCAAGAAAAAUGAGACGAAGAGGUAUUCUCUCACGAUUCGAUACAAGGCUGAUAUAGAGAUUCAACAUAGAGAAGGUGCAGUCAUUUGGACCGACCAAACCGGCAAGUAUAGAGUGAGAAGUCCGAUUAUGGUGUCGGCAGCCGCCGACAAUUUCGAGUAA